GUCUGUCCCUGGCCAUGACUUUCUUCAUCCCACACCUCAUUUAUUCUUCAAUACACGGCGUGAAAGCAGAUGGAUAGGAGCGAUUUGCUGCAGCUCCUCUACUUUGGCAAUAGGCCGCACCAUAUGUCCAUGGCUGACAUGAGGACCAUCGACGGGCAUUUACCGGUACCUAUUAGAUACCAGAAGGAGUGCGGCAUCUUCCACUGAGGCAUCUUCUGCUGGAGGACGCCCCUGAACACUUAUCCACACAGUAUCUCUCUGACAAACAACGUCAUUUUGCCGGCGGGCACACUUGGGAGUUCCACCUGCACCCUAAUCGCAUCUCUACCAGCGGAUUUGUCGAGGCAUGCAUCUGGAGAUUAAGCAUCUCCGCCGACAGUAGCCUGAGGCUCGGCACAUCGAUAUAUAUGACCGUGUCGAGCACUCCCAGCCCUAGUCCUGCCAUAGAGUGUUCUGCUCAGCUCCAGCUGACCAGGGAAGUCAAGUGUGCGAAGUACAAAUGCCCUGUAGCGUAUACGGAGCUUACCACCUCGGCCACCAACUCUGGCAGGCCAAUACUCGAGAACGACUCGCUCCAUACCAGCUUUUAUCUACGCGUUACUUCGGAUGACACGCACACUCUGUGGAACAACCUUAGGUUCUACAACUCGUUUGGUCAGACGCGAAUCGUUGGCUACAAAAACCUUUCUUGCGAGCACAUGGGCAUUGUUAUCAGCAAGUUUGCUGUUCUCGCCCCAAGCUUGCCGGUGUGUUUAGCGGCAGACUUGUUGAAACCACCACUCUUGACGACAAGGUUGGAAAGCUACCGAACGCGGCUUCACAUAGAAGCAGUUCUACGCAAAAAGUGCACGACAGAGGGGCUACUUACAUUGACCUUGAUACCGAAGGUGACAGAAGCAUUCACCAAGUACUUUGAGAGUAUGUUGGCCAAAGGGCAGCGGUAUUGAGUGACCUUGGCCACAUUCCGGUUCACGCCUACAUGAAAGCUGCUAUGCAAACCCACAUUGCCACGCACCUAGUGAUCCUCCUUUUGAAUCUGCAGCGCCUCAAAGGCCGGACGCGUCCUAGGUUCAGUGGCUGGGAGAUAUCAGCAUUCGAGCUUGAGGAAACUAU